GUUAUGUUGCAUUUGUCACACGUGGAUUUGCCAAUAGAAUAAAAAAUAUCAUACGACCAUUUUGGGACUAUCGUGAUGGAGAAAUCCUAGGUCAAGAUAUUCUACCAAUAUUCAUAGUAGUUAGGUAUGAGUACAAAGAAGUGAAGAAAAUGACUAAAGGUUUCAAAGUGAAAUUAGGUGAGGGAGGUUUUGGUUAUGUGUACAAAGGAAAGCUUCAAAGUGGGUUAGAUGUUGCAGUAAAGAUGUUGAGCAAAUCCAAAGAUAGUGGACAAGACUUUGUUAAUGAAGUAUCUACCAUUGGAAGAAUACAUCAUGUGAAUGUAGUUCGGCUUAUUGGAUAUUGUGUUGAAGGAAAAAAACGUUGUCUAAUUUAUGAAUACAUGCUUAAUGGAUCCUUGGAUAAAUACAUUUACUUUAAAGAAGGAAGUGUUCCUUUGAGACAUGAGAAGAUAUAUGAAAUAUCUAUUGGAAUUGCUCAUGGGAUAGCGUAUCUUCAUCGAGAUUGUGAUGUGCAGAUUUUACAUUUCGAUAUCAAGCCUCAUAAUAUUCUUUUAGAUGAUAAUUUUAUUCCAAAGGUUUCAGAUUUUGGACUUGCAAGGUUGUAUCCUGCAAAAAAUGGAUCUAUUAUUUUAACUGCAAUAAGAGGAACAUUAGGCUACAUGGCUCCAGAGUUAUUUUACAAAAAUAUAGGUGGAGUUUCUCAUAAAGCUGAUGUCUAUAGUUUUGGAAUGCUUUUGAUGGAAAUGACGAGUAGGAGAAAAAACUCAAAUCCUCAUACAGAACAUUCAAGUCAACAUUAUUUUCCCUUUUGGAUCCAUGAUCAACUUAAAGAAGACAAAGAUAUUGACAUGGAAG